AUGCAGUUCAAAUCCUUGGCAUGCGCGGUCUUGCCGUUGCUGACUCUUGUCAGUGGCACUCCCAACAAUCGUGUCAUCAGAAGCCUCAAAGUGCACACUGGCCCGAGCUCUGCAGCCAACUUUAGCAAGAAUGUAUACCAGACUACAUUCGAAAACGUGACCUGGGACGAAGACAAUUGGCUUCUCAGCACAACUACCCUGGAACAAGGUCGCUAUGAAUCUCGCGGUUCUAUUGCGAACGGCUAUAUCGGUAUCAAUGUUGCCGGCGUCGGUCCUUUCUUCGAGAUUGACAGCCCCGACGACACCAACGGCUGGCCUCUUUACUCUCGCCGCCAGACCUUUGCAACAGUCAGUGGCUUCUUUAACUCACAGCCGAACCUGAACGGUAGCAACUUCCCCUGGCUGUCCCAGUACGGAUAUGACAGCGCCAUCAGUGGUAUUCCACACUGGGCCGGAAUAAUCUUGGAUCUGGGCGACGAUACCUAUCUGGAUGCGACAGUGGACAACAAGACUAUCUCCAAUUUCCGGACUACAUACGACUUCAAAUCAGGCGUCUUGGUCUGGUCCUACAAAUGGACACCUGAGGGCAACAAAGGAUCAUACGAGAUCACCUACCGUCUGUUUGCCCACAAGCUGUACAUCAACCAAGCUGUGGUGGAGAUGGACAUAGUCCCGUCCACAACGUCCACAGCAAGCAUUGUCAAUGUCCUCGAUGGCGCUUCUGCAGUGCGCACCGACUUCGUUGAAACUGGCCAAGAUGACGGUGCCAUUUUCUCCGCAGUCCGACCGGAUGGGAUUGCCAAUGUGACGGCUUAUGUUUAUGCGAACAUCACUGGGUCUGAAAACGUGGAUCUUUCCUCGCGCAAGCUUGUUUCCAACAAGCCAUACGUGCAUGCCAACGAAUCGUCCAUUGCCCAAGCCGUGAGUGUGAGGUUCAAGCCUGGCCAGAUGGUUCGCAUCACGAAGUAUGUCGGAGUGGCCUCUACCGAUGCGUUUGAGGAUCCGAAACAGACGGCCAAGAAGGCUGCUUCCACUGCUAUGAAGAACGGCCGCGUCCAGUCUCUUCGGACUCAUCUCAUGGAGUGGGCUAGCAUUAUGCCCGAGGACUCGGUCGAUCACUAUGCCUUCCCUAACGGAACCUUGCCGAAAGAUGAUCACAUUAUCGAUUCUGCGAUCAACUCUGUUACCAAUACCUACUACUUGCUGCAGAACACGGUUGGAAAGAAUGGAAUCAAAGAAGCCGGCGGAGCGCCGGUCAACAAGGACAGUAUCUCAGUUGGUGGAUUGACAUCCGAUUCUUACGCUGGCCAAGUCUUCUGGGAUGCCGAUGUGUGGAUGCAGCCUGGUCUUGUCACCUCUCACCCGGAAGCGUCUCAGCGGUUCACCAAUUACCGUGUGGCCCAACACGCCCAAGCACGGGAGAACGUUAAGACUGCCUUUACUGGAUCUCAAAAUAAGACACAUUUCAGUGACUCGGCUGCAAUUUACCCUUGGACCAGCGGCCGAUUCGGUAACUGCACAGCCACUGGCCCUUGCUGGGAUUACCAAUAUCAUCUGAACGGAGAUAUUGGAAUUUCCUUGGUCAACCAAUGGGUUGCAAGUGGUAAUACAAAGGUUUUCAAGGAGGAUCAUUUCCCCGUUUACGAUGGCGCCGCUACUCUCUAUGCCGAUCUGCUGGUUCGGAAUGGUUCUUCUUGGACAUUGACUAACAUGACUGAUCCUGAUGAGUAUGCUAAUAACGUUGACGCGGGCGGCUUCACGAUGCCCCUCGUUGCUGAGACACUCCGACAUGCCAACUCUUUCCGUCAGCAAUUUGGUCUCGAGGAGAACUCUACCUGGGAUGAAAUGGCUGAUGACGUCUUGGUUCUCCGCGAGAACGAUGUGACUCUUGAGUUUACCACCAUGAACGGAAGUGCCGUAGUCAAGCAGGCCGAUGUGGUUAUGGUCACUUUCCCCCUGGGAUAUACUGCCAACUAUACCCCCGAGAACUCGCUGAACGAUCUGGACUACUACGCAGCCAAGCAAUCUGCUGAUGGCCCUGCCAUGACCUGGGCUAUCUUCUCGGUCGUCGCAAAUGAGAUGUCGCCUUCUGGCUGCUCGGCAUACACAUAUGCGCAAUACUCAUACAAGCCUUACACUCGCGCGCCAUUCUUCCAGCUAUCGGAGCAGAUGGUGGACAACGCUACCAUCAACGGUGGCACACACCCGGCAUAUCCCUUCCUGACUGGUCACGGCGGUGCCAAUCAGGUUGGCAUUUAUGGUUAUCUUGGGCUGAGGCUGGUCCCCGAUGAUAUCCUCCACGUGGAUCCAAACUUGCCGCCUCAGAUCCCGUACCUGAAGUAUCGCACUUUCUUCUGGCGUGGAUGGCCCAUCUCGGCGUGGUCAAAUUACACGCACACAACCAUCAGUCACGCUAGAGGCGUUGCCCCUCUGGAUACUGCGGAUAUGCGAUUCGCCAACAAAACGAUCACAAUCCAUUCUGGCCCAGACGACGAUGCCACUACCCAUCACCUCCCUGUCAAGGGCUCCAUUGUUAUCCCUAACCGACAGAUUGGAAGUAACAACACCGUGCCAGGGAACCUUGUACAGUGCCGGGCUGUUUCCUCUGAGGGUGCAUUUGAGCCUGGCCAGUUCCCUAUUUCCGCAGUGGACGGUGCAGGCUCGACUAAAUGGCAGCCCUCAAAGGCAGACGAUGUCAGCUCCCUGACAGUCUCCUUGGAAGAAGAGGCCGGGUCUUUGGUAUCGGGCUUCUACUUCGAUUGGGCCCAGGCACCCCCUGUCAACGCCACGAUCAUCUUCCACAACCAGACCCUGAAGAAUCCCGCCAAGGCGCUUUCCACCAAUAGCUCGGAUCACGUCGUCGUCCACCGCUUGACCAACGUGACUCAAUCGAUUCCUUACGAUCCUGAGACCACAAACCUCGACAUGAUUGCCAUCCCUAAGGGUAACACCACAAAUGUGACCUUGUCGUCUCCCGUACGGGCGGCACGAUAUGCGUCUCUGCUUAUCGUUGGCAACCAAGCACUCGACCCUAUUGAUGUGGAGUUCAAGAACGGAACUGGCGCCACUGUUGCCGAGUGGGCGAUUCUCGGACAAGACAAGGACAAAUCUUCGGGCAAUAAGUCUGCCAAGAGAAAGAUGGACGUGCAUCUGGCUGCAUCGGAUUCCACCAUGCGUCGGCGUCGCCAGUUCUUGCCGCAGCUCUAG